AUGGCGACCAUGAACCGAGUUCUGCUUUUGAAACCAAGGCAUUUCUUUUCAGUUAGCAAAACGGUAAGUUUUUUAAAGUUCUUAAUGCUAAAUCAAAAUCUUAAUUUUUCGUAUGAAUAGAUUUUGGAGCUCUUACUGCAAUGUCUAGCUUGCAAUGUCUGCAAAUGUGUUUCAUCCGGCCGCUGUCUAGUAAAACGAGUUAUGCAAAGCCAUCCACUGCCGAGCCAUUUAGAGUCUCUUGAAAUGAAUGCGGUAGGUCGUGUUUGUUUCGCAGCUUUUUUUUUACUUUCCUUUUUUCAGCUUGAAAGGAAUGGCUUGUCAUGUAGUUGUCGUUUGAAGAGUUCCCUAUCUCCAGACAAGAAAAAUUUUAUCUCAGAGGGUCCUAGUCUAGAAGAAUUCAUUUUAGGAGAAGCCAAUCCCCGGGAAAAUCCGUAUAAAAGAAAGAAAGGACAAAGGUAA